AUGGUGAGUCUGACUCUUGGUCAAUUCUUAUCCACAAUAAUGGAUCUUUACACUCCACAUUUCUCCUUAAUCUGGAAUACUGACUAAAAGCCAUUAUGGAGGGCUGACAGACCUGCGUGUGCUUGUCUGGAUUUCAUGUUACACAGUACUUUAAGAGAUUGUUGCUGACUAUCACAACCUUCCCCUAGGGCAUCCAUUUGCUCAUGUUAAAAAUAUGUAACACUUUCUUCCAAAAAGUACUGCUAGAUUGUAUUUUUAUCACUUCCAUUUCAAAGGCGUUUUCCAUGUAGUAUUUAUACUUCUCAUGUAUUUCAAGGUGAAGGAAAUGACUCUGUACAAAUUUUGUUAAACAGAAAUGGAAUGUGAAAUUUGACAUUUGAUCUCACUGUGGCCCAGAUUUUCAGUUCCAAGGAAUGUUCUGCAUUAAGGAGCCAUUGGCUCAUACUUCAUGUAGGCAAUGCUGUGUGGAAUGAGCAGUUAGAAAUAGAACUCAUUGGGGAAAAUUGUCAGCAGCUGAGUGGAAUGAGAAGCAAAUAUUUAUGAUCUCAAAACAUAUUAAAGUAAGAUUUCUUCGACUUUCAUAUUUUCCCUACAGACUUUUUCCAAAACUGCCCCUUGAAACUUCAUAUGUUGGAAAUCAAUUGUAGCUGUACAAGCAAUUGCCAUAAGAGAUCUUUUACAACUACUUGCUUGUGAUCAUUACUGUGCCCAUUAGAUCACAGUUAAUCUGGAAGUUAAUGCGCCAGAAAUUUUAACCACAAUAUAAACAAUAAUAAACCUAUGAGAUAUUUCCAUCAAAUGUUCAUGGUUUGCCAUCUGAACAGCUUUGUGUAAGAUAAGAAGAGUUAAUGUGCAAAUGAAUGGCUGCUGUGAUUGCAGGAAUCAGUAGAAUCCAUGCAGUACUGCUUGUGGGUAAUAGGAUUCUGUGGAAACAAUUUGUUAGUGCUGCCACAUAUGUGAACUUGUUCUGUGUUUGGUUAGACCAAGGUUCCCUUGCUUCUCAAUGAUUUUUUGAGUGUCUGAAAUAUGACACUUCUGAGAAGCACAACAUGAGUUUUGGGCUGCCUGUCUUUUUUUAGGGGGGGGGGAUUGCAUGGAAACUGGAUAUGCUUACAAGACAGAACUUCAGUUAGAAAAAGCAAGGCAACCCUGAAUGAUAUAAUAAUGCAACAAGUUACCUUUUUCCACCUACAGAGCACAUAGUAGGGGUGCCUUAGAGGAGCAGGUAUCUUAAGCACCCUUUUUGCAUUUGAAGAGACUUCCAAGAGAUAUGUGACAGACUGACUUAGAGAAACAGUGGGGUGGAUUAAGGCCUUUAUUCACAGUGCAAUGUGCAACAGUCACCAGCAGCGUGGGGAGGGAGAAACCCUGGAGCAGGAGGAAGCAGUGGAGCAGGUGGCAGCUGGACAACAUUUGCUGAUCUGUCUCAGGCAACAAAACCUCUUGAGCAGGCCCUGGCUCUCUUCCCCCCUCCCCCAUGAUAUUUACUUGAACUUGCUGAGUGAUGGCCAAGAAUUUGGGUUGAAGUGACCUUAGUAUGUGGGUGUCAUCCAACUCACUCUAAUCCAGAUGUGGCAACCUCAUUUCCAGUAAUGGACUGGAUGCGGGCUAAUAAAUUGAAGCUCAGCCUAGAUAAGCUGGAGGUGUGAUUAGUGGGUGCGUAGGGGGCAUUCAGUUUGUGCAAGAUGGGAUAGCACUCCCUCUUGAACUGGUUCACAGUGUGAGUGCAGGAAGCUCCUGCAGCCAAUCAGAAGCUGCGCCUUGGUUUUGGAACAGUUUCAGGAGUCGAAUGAACUCCCGGAACGGGUUAAGUUCAAGAACCAAGGUACCACUGUAUUGUAGAAUAGCAGAACUAGGAAAGAGUCCUAACUGAUUGAGUUAAUAUGCAAAAUUCUUCCUCUCCCACCCCCAUCUCCCUCUAGUUUCCAGAGCCCCUUUUAUGUCCUGCCUGAUACAGCUUUCCUUCAGUGCCUUCAUUUCUCCAACCCAUGCUUCCCUUUGCUCUUCUUUUUCAUGGUCCUGUACAUAAGGGCUGUUGUUGUUGUUGUUCACAUCUGUCUGUCUUGAUAGACAACGGAGUGUACCUCUAGGGGACACAGCCAAACUGCUGCAUUAGCAGUACUAAAGUGACCUCCCUGGGAAGCAAGCCUGGGCAGUGUGUAUGGAGGUCCUGGGCUGCCCAGAUGACAAGACCCCCGUCUUGGCCUUGCUUGGCUGCAGGAUUUGCAGGAAGGAGAUGUAUCAGGCACCAUCCAACCAUCUUAGACACUCCAUUCUGGAUUUGUGUAGGGUUUGCUCCUUAGCUUUCUCUUCUCCUGAAUAUAUAUGAGCCAACAGAGGUUUAGGAUCAGAGUUUGCCUUUUCAUAGAUGAGCUACCUUCCCAGGUUGACUAGUCCCAUCUGUCCCUCACUUACCUCUGCAGCACGUGCAGAAACCGCCUUCUUGACUGUUGGACCCACUCUUGCUCAAUCCAGUGGAGCCUGUAUUCGCAUUCAGGGGAAGUCCCUAACUCACUGAGGGUUUGAGUCCCAUCAGCUACUCUCACCUGGUUUAGUCAGCCGGUCGAUGCCGUUCCCGGGAUGUGGCCGCUGUCGCUCUGACAGCUUCUAGGAGCCACAGGUGAGAGCUGACUGCAGGGUGGGGACGAAAGGUGGACAAACUACCCCAGAAGGAGCAUGGCGUGUCCUCCACCAGAGGCACUAGUUCUUCCCCAGCACCCUAUACAUGCCGCAUAAAGGCUAGUAGUGGUUUAAAGCCACACGAAGCUCAUGGAAGCUCCAGGCACACUGCCUUCAGUUCUGUCAUGGAAAAAAGGUGUAAUUUGAAAUAACUUAUCCAGCUUUUUUACACUGCCCUCCUUCGUGCCUCUAGGGCUCUCGUCUUCCAAGACCUCAGCUACUUUCUUUACCAGGCACUUCUGUGUCGUCUCAAGAUUCCUCCCUCUUGCUCCCUACAGCCUCAUCAGUCCUUGGGCUCCACGUGAAGCUUUUCUUCCAUCCAAAUAGAAACUUUGAACAAAAGGUGACGUGACCAUCUCUGAGUCAAACUAGAUGUGACAAGACAACCGUGUACGUGUGUGUUGUUCAUAUGCAGAACAGGGGGUUAGGCUGGAUCUGUUUUUGCAUGAAAAGCGGUGUCAGUAAAAAGAAUGAAACCCCUCUUGCCUUAGCUUGCUACAUUCCAGUAUUUCUAAAAAUCCGCCGCUUCCCCUGCCCAGUCAAGCCCUAUUAGCAAAGGAAGCUGAACUCUAGAGAAACUCUUGCUGCAGUGGAAUGCAGUAAGAGAAGGGAGGGGCUUAGUUUCCCUCAAGUGCAUUUUAAAAGAACAUUUUAAAAGGAAUUGCUUACUUUGUGCAACCUGCACAGUUUAUUCCACUUGUGUCCUAACAGUCUUGAGUUCUUGGGCUGCUGGAUUUUUAGUUUUGACUAAAGCAGACUUUCAAUCAUAUGGUUAGUCUGCAGGUACUGGCAAAUGCUGCAGAUUCAUUUGAUAAAGGAGCAAAGAGAAUUGCUACUAAAGUGUUUUCCCCUUCCUUUCACAUGAAGAUUUCACACAGACUCACCUGUCCCUCAGAAAAGUGGGUAGCAGGAGCCCCACCAGCCUCUGACCCAGUGUUUGGAGGAAUAAGCAAGAUUGCAGUUUGCUCUAGAAGGCCUUGGAGGCAAAACUGCUUCUCCACGAAUUCCAGAACUGUUUUUGUUCCAAAUGACAUUUCCAGAGGCAAGCUUUGUAACUGCAGGAGAAUAGAGUACUGUUGAGCUUGUGAAACUACUUAUGCACUUUACCCCCCUUUCUAUGAAAUAUUUUCACAGGACUCUGAUGCUGGGUCAGCAGCCCCAGAGACUGCCACUAUCUCGCCAGAGGACAGGUAAUGCAUGGCAGGGGGGUACUGGUAGCAACAUGCUUGUUUGACCUGAGCUCAUAUUUUCUACUAUACCUCUUUCUUCCCCAAUAAUGAAGAACCAUCUUCAAGGCUAGUCAGUAUCCUUGAUGAGUCUCUGGUGGCUACCAACGACGAAGCCAACUACUCUGAUGGUGGUUUUUGUGCUACUUGUCUCUCCAUUCCCCCUCCCCAGCAUUCCAGUUCCCUGGUUGGUUUUAUAUUACGGUGACCAUUUCUCUCUUAUUUCUGUAGGGUAUAUGAAGCAUCAAGAGACCUUCCUUCCUUCUUUUUAUGGGUUUUGUUCGUUGCCCUUUGUUUCUCCAGUUGUGAAGGGAAUGGUGCAGGGUGGCAUAAAGUCCAGAGACUGAAACAAAAUGGCAUCAGUGGGAAUAACGUGUUCAUCAUAUAA